UAGUAAUUGUGAGUAUAUUAAUUUUAAUAGGAUUUUAAUUGUUUAAUGAGUGAGGUAAACAUGGAUGAAGAGACAGAAAAAAAGCUUAAUGAAAUUUUUCAUUCAAUUAAAUUAGAGUAUGAUUAAAGUUAAGAAGCCUUAAAAACAAUUAAAAAAACUAAUGAUUUGGUGGGAUAAGUAAGACAUUGUAAAUCUCUAUCCACCCUUUUUUAUCAUGCAAAAAAUUUGGAUUAUGCUCAUAAGGAGUUCAAGAAUCUCAAAAUCAACAAUCUCAAUAUCAACUUAAACUCUGAUAUAGUUAUAUAUACAAAGGAGGAUGGCUAAUGUGUUGCUAAAACAAUUGAAAUGAUUGGUGUAAUGAGAUUUCAAUAAUACACUCCCAUAAUCAGAGUUCAAUGGUAUUACAGUAAGAACAACUUAAAAGAGAUAAUUGGAAGAUAUAUAGAUUGCAUUGGAGAUAGGGAAUUAUUCUUAUCUGACCAAUAUGAUUUUAUUUAGCCAGAUACAAUCAUAUCUCUAGCAGAAGUCUUAGACUUUAAAGAUUUCGAUAAGUAGGACUUUGUGGAUGAUUUUACCUUUUAUUGUAGGUAAACAUUUCUAAUAGUGAUUUAGGUCAUUCUACAAAAAUAAACAAAUAAUCCCGCCUAUUUAGAAAUGGGGAAAACAUUGUUUAUGUAAAUUACCAUUGAAUCCCGAUUAAUAAUAUAUACAAUGUGAUAUUUGUUAAAAAUGGUAUCAUUAUGAAUGCUUGGGAAUCAAGCAAAUCUAGUAAACUACUUAUGUCUGCAUUAAGUGCAAGAAAAAAAAAUGAU